UUCACGGACAUUAUGUUGCUCGUAUCAUUUGCAUAUUUAUAUAUAGUGCAUCGUAGAAGACUGAUAACAAACUGAUGUGAUAACAAACUAUGUGAUAACAAACAACAGAAUGGAAAAAAACAAAGAAUAACGCAGAAUAAAAUGCAUUUAUAUCAAGUUUUCCGUCAUAAGAAGGAAAGGAUAAAUCCCAACUAAUAAUAGCUCAGUCAAUAAUUCACCAUGGGUGAGCGAAGCAACAAAAUGUCAUUUCAUUUUAUUGCAAUAUUUUAAAUUUCACUCCCAAAGCCAGAUUACAUUAAUUCUGCACGGUGGUCUCACGCAGAAUAACAAAAUGCAAACGAUAAUUAUCGUAAGAUAAUCUUUGUCCGGCUACCAUCAUGACAGUUUAUUAAUACAGAUUUAGUAAGCAGGCCAAGUUAUUUUGAGCAUGUGCCUGUUAACUUCAGAAAUACAGACCGAUCCUACUGACUUUAGCAAUGCCUGUCUGACCCUUGACUGUGAGAUGCUCUAACUCUAGUUUCGUUUAAAAAUGGAUCCAGAUUUUGCAGAAAUGGCAAAUGAAGUCAAGAGCAAAGUUAUAUUGCACUGGAACUGUCGAGGUCUCGUGGAGCUACCAGAGGUGAUACGGCUCCAUGGUAGUCACAUAAAAGAGAUAUAUCUCAAAUGGAACAAGCUUACCACUUUACCACCCUGGGUCAUGGAGUUGUUUAACGUAACCAACUUAUACAUGUAUGGCAACCUGAUUAAACAGCUGCCUAUGGAACUCGGCGAGAUGCAUCAGUUGACAGUAUUGGACAUAAGCGCCAAUAAAUUGGAACAUGUACCCUCCUGCAUCAGUAAUUUGAGGAAUCUAAAUUGUUUAUUCCUGAAUGAUAACUUCAUUGAAACAUUACCAGUUGAAUUAAGUCAACUGAGUAAUCUGCAAAUACUGUCUGUCUCUGGCAACCAGAUUGUUGCAUUACCAGAAUGGACUGGUUCUCUGCCAAGACUUAAAGAACUAUACGCAGGUAACAAUAGACUGAAAGAACUGCCCAAUAGAUUGACACUGGCUCCUGAGCUAACCAUAAUCUCUGUGGGUUCAAAUAGGUUAACGUAUUUACCGUUGAACGGAUUCUUGUCAGCCCCCUUCAUUGGAUUUGAUUCAAAUGAAUAUUUGAAUUACGUAUCAUAUCCGCUUCUAUUUCAAUGUCUGUCGCAACUUCGAACAAUGCGCCUUCACAAGUAUUCUUUAGCAUUUGGAUGUUUUAAAACGCGCUACGACGCUAAUGUAUUAAGCACAAAUAUAAAGCUGUACAUUGAAAAGAAAGGACUGUACGAAAAUGACACCGAUAUUAUAAUCGAAUUACCACGGCAGCUUUUGAAGAUUCACGAGGUUCACGAGAACGUGACUUGUUCCCUGUGGGAAUUAGCACUGAGGAAAAUUUAUACCGAGAGGUAUAAGCAUACGCUCGAUGUUUCCACUUCUCCGGCGAGUGUAACGAUACUCUACAGUCCACUCCCUAAGGAUACUAAAAUGGACCUCAUGUUGUCUAUUAUGAACCGUACUUUGUACAAUUUAUUAACGAACGGACCCGUCAGCAUCUGCGUUAAUUCACACUGUCAGCAACCUAUAUUCACAGAAGCGUGGAUCAUUAUCGGUAUUAGCUAUCACGCCAAGUCCUUGAUAACGAUAGCUCUAUGUUGCAGUAGAAGCUGUGCCUCUGCAUUCGCUGCGCAUUCGAGUACGUUUAACAAACUUCAUUGGCACUCCAUCAAUUAAUGCCCCCUUUCUUUGAACCCCUCUUUGUUAAAUGUGUUUAAUUAAAACAUUUCAGUGUAUAUAAAAGAUAUAAGAAAAAAAGA